GGAAGCCUUGGCCGCGCUGCCGUUACCCCUAGCCCGUUCGGGAAGCCGCCCUCCCGCGUGCCGGGCUAGGCAGGUGCCCGAGCGCAGGGCAGUGGCGGGGCCCCUGGGCCCGCCGUUCCCGGGGUUUCUGGACCCUGCGUGCGGGGUGUUGGCGAGCCGGCACCACCUGCUGGGGGUGGUGGGUAGGCGUCAGGGAGGCGCUCGGCUUCCUCCGUUACAGUCCACAGAGGAGUCGAGUAAUUGGAAAAGAUGCCCGAUUCUGCUCUUUCAUCGACGCCUCCGUAACUGAGUCCCAACAGGGACGUGCCCUUGGCUCACUUGUGACCUAUUCUUACAUCAGUAUGGCUCCUAUAAUGUGGCCCAACUUUCCAGAAAGGGGCAGAGAUCCUGUAUUGCAGGAAAAUACACGAUGCUAGAAAUAAGGCUGACGGCAGGGGCUUGCCAAGCUGGGCUGUUGACAUUUUGAGGAACACCGGUCUGUGUUGCCGGGGGCGCUAUUCUUCGCGCGGGAGGAUGUUUCCCAAAGUCCCUGGCCUCCACCUACUAGAUGCGGGUAGCUCCACAAUUCAAGUGACAACAAAAACUGUCUCCAGGCAUUGCCACAUGUGCCACGGGGGAUAAAAACCGUCCCGGGCUGAGACACCUUGUCCAGAAAGGCGUCCAUCAUGGUCGCGGCAGGAAUGUGGAAGUAACCCUGAGUGUCCUGUGGCAGCGCAGUGGGUGCUGAGUUGCUAUGAUCCAACCAUUAAGGACGCCGGCAUCGAAGACAUGCUGUGAAAUAUGCCGAUCUGGGAUACGUAAACAAAACAUUGUGAUUUCUCCUGUCUACGCGUGGAUAAGGACUGGAGAGGAAUACGCAGAAAUAACAAUGAUUAAGGGAUGCCUGGAGAGAAUGAGAAAGAGCCGGGACAGGCUUCUGAGCAGAUACCGCCAGGUGGGAGGCAAUGAGCCAGGGAGCGUUCAGAGCAGCCUCCUAGUGCAAGAAGUGAUGGAAGAGGAGUGGAGUGCGUUGCAGUCGGUGGAGGGCUGUCCAGAGGGCUUGGCUCAGCUGGAGGAGCCCAUGGACCUGGCUGUGCUCGAGGAAAUCCAGCGGGAGCUGGCCGAGCAAGAACGGAGCAUCAUCAGCGAGUAUGAGAAGAGCUUGCACUUCGAUGAGCGGUGUCUCAGCGUCAUCCUGGCCGAAUGGGAAGCCAACCCCGUCAUCUGUCCUGUGUGCACAAAGUGCAACCUGAGGGUAUCGAGUGGCGUGGUCACCUGUCCGUGUGGCCUGUACCUCUCCUCUCAGUCUCCGGAGCUGACAGAGCAAAAGCUUCGUGCCUGCAUAGAGGACAGCGUGAACGAGCACAGCGCGCACUGUCCCCACACGCCUGCGUUUUCCGUCACAGGGGGGACGGGAGCAGAGCCCGCUCUUCUCAUGAGCUGCCGGGCUUGUGACACUUGGACGGCGAUCCUCUAGAAGCAGCCUGGGCUCCCCGUGCUGGGGUGGAGCCCGCUCGCUCCGUGGGACAAAAGGACUUGUAAAUACAGACCUUUAAUUUAUAACUUAUUUUGUAUUAAAAUUUUUCGAAAGUGUC